AUGUACGACAGCGAGAACAUUAUUCAGCGGUGGUGGUGGUCCUUGUGGAUUCUAGAUUUAGGGGCGCUGACGUUACUUUUACUUAUCAUCAUUCUGCAGUUCUGUAUCUGGUUGUGGAAACUUGGUGGUCGAGUUCUUGAUAGAGAAAUCGAAAUUAUAAGUGAUGAAGAUGAUCAUCCGGCGACUACCAAACCACAGCUGACGGCGGAGGCCUUAGAAGAAGAAUUCCCGUCCUUUACUCGUUGGCAGAUCAGCGAUGAGUGUGCUAUAUGUUUUGAGAAGUUCAAAGAAGAAGACGAGUGUAGGAUGUUUCUUCCUUCUUGCAUCCAUAUUUUCCAUAAAGUUUGCAUUGAUCUUUGGCUUUCUAAGGAUAAUAGCUGCCCUCUUUGUCGUGUCGAAUUGUUCUCAAACCCUCGUCGUCGAGUUGUUGAUAUAGAACUCGCAAUAAUAUGGAAUGAAGAUGAUCAUUCGGAGCCGGCAGCUGCAGCUGCACCUACCAAACCACAGCUGACGGCAGAGGCCUUAGAAGAAGCAUUCCCGUCCUUUGCUCAUGGGAAAAUCGUCAAAAGCGAUGAGUGUGCUAUAUGUUUAGAGGAGUUCAAAGAAGGAGAAAAGUGUAGGAUGCUUUUUCCUUCUUGCGUCCAUAUUUUUCAUAAAGAUUGCAUUGAUAUUUGGCUUUCUGAGGAUACUCGCUGCCCACUUUGUCGUGCAGUUUUGUUUUCUUAG